CUGUUACUAAGUGACUCGACCUUGGAUAAGGAUGGAAAAAAGGCUGUCAAGCUAGUGUAUCUUGAUAGACCAAUGCAUAAAACUGUGUUGUCACUGGAAGCAGAGUAAAUGCUAAAAUGUAAAUAUUUCUAUUGUAAUGUUAUUUGAAAUCACCAUAGGGGAGUGGUGGUAGUUUUACUGUCAUAAUUUUAGUUAACAUGUUUUAUUUUGUAUUAUUAUUAUUAUUAUUUUUGUUAUUACAACUAUUAUUUUGAAAGGUUAAAGUAGGAAGUGGAAUCAAGCAUGUUGCUAGGGAACCAGAGAAAGAAGAUGCAGUGAUAUGAAAGCAUAACUUUAGCAACUGGUUUUAGAAAGGUGAUUUAAGUUUAAAGAAUUUCUGUAUUAACCUAAUUUCUGCCUCAGAGGAAGGGUCAGUCAGUGAGUUCGACGUUGGUGUCAGUGAAACAAAGUGAAGCCGUAACAAGAACAACUUUAAAGAGUUUCAUAAAGCUGACUUCACACCAGCAGUGCAAAAACUCUUGAUUGCCAUUAAGAAGAAGAGGUGGAAGACCUUUAGUUCCACUUUCUUCAGUUGCUUUUAGUUACUGAAGAAAGUUAUUUCAGUGACUAAAAUAGCAUUGUUAUGCCAACUACAAGAUGCAAAUGGAGAGAACAAGUGAAGAUCAAGAUGAUGCCAAAAGGUACAAGAUGAUGCCAAAAGACUGAAGAUUGAAACAUUACUGGAAAGAUGGAUUCUGGUGUUGGAACUAAAGAUGUGCAGGCAGAGUUGGACUUGGUGGAGGCUGAGCUGGAGGAGGUGGAGCUUCAAGUCACAGAGCUGCUGAAAAAGCAGGCCCAGUUGACGUCUCGCAAAAGCAAUCUGCUGCUGCUACUGGAGGAGCCCUGCAACGCCAUCGGUUCCUCAUCCUCUACGACCUCAGUUCCCGAGUGGACGAUGAGCAGGCAGGAGCUUCAGCGCUAUGAUGGCUCAGAUUUCCCUUGGUCCAAAGAGGUGGAGCAGCAUCUGAUAAGCUCCUUUGGUCUUUCUAAGUUCAGACCUUUGCAGCUCACAGCCAUCAACCUAACCAUGGCAGACAAUGAUGUGUUUUUGGUCAUGCCUACAGGAAGAGGAAAAAGUCUCUGCUUUCAGCUGCCUGCAAUCUGCUCAAAGGGUCUCACAUUGGUUAUCACACCACUCGUGUCUCUGAUGGAGGACCAGAUCAUGCACCUGAAGUCUGUUGGUAUUCCUGCAGUCAUGCUGAAUGCAUCAAGCAGUAAGGAGCAUUCGAAGAUUGUCAUGGCUGGAAUGACGGAUGUGAAAGUCCCCUUCAAGAUGGUGUAUGUAACUCCAGAGAAGAUUGCCAAGAGCAAGCUGCUGAUGUCUCGACUGGAAAAAGCCUAUAAUGCCAAGCUGCUGAGUCGUAUAGUUGUGGAUGAGGUGCACUGCUGCAGCCAGUGGGGACACGACUUCAGACCAGAUUAUAAAAUCCUGGGUAUCUUAAAGAGACAGUUUCCUUCUGUGCCUCUCUUUGGCCUCACAGCCACAGCAACCAGCAGUGUCCUCAAGGACUGUGAGAAGAUAUUAUGUGUGAAACAGCCAGUCAUUAUCACUGCCUCCUUCAAUCGAACUAAUCUCUUUUAUGAGGUUCGCAAUAAAGACUCAGAUGGUGAUGCUUUAAUGAGCGACAUUACCUCUCUAAUUAAAGGCAAAUACAAGAACCAGUCAGGCAUUGUGUAUGUGUUCUCUCAGAAGGAUGCUGAGAUGUUGUCUUCUGAACUCAAAAAACGUGACAUCUCAGCAUAUCCUUAUCAUGCCAAUAUGGACCCAGAAGACAAGUCGCAAGUUCACUGCAGAUGGACCUCAAACAAAAUCCAGGUUGUGGUUGCCACGGUGGCGUUUGGCAUGGGAAUUGACAAACCAGAUGUCAGGUUUGUCAUCCACCACACCAUGAGCAAGUCUGUUGAGAACUACUACCAAGAGAGUGGGCGUGCAGGUCGGGAUGAUCUUCCAGCAGACUGCAUCAUAUAUUUUGGCUUUGCUGAUAUCUUUCGGAUCAGCACUAUGGUGGUCAUGGAAAAUACCGGCUACCAGAAGCUGCUGCAAAUGGUCGCUUACUGCCAGAAUGUUGACAGGUGUCGGCGCUCUCUCAUGGCUGUCCACUUUGACGAGGUGUGGGACAAUGAAAGAUGUAACCAAAUGUGUGAUACAUGCCGCCAUGAAAAAGGCUACACUUGUGUGGAUAUUACCCAGCAUGCAAGACAAGUGGUGCUAAUUCUAGAGCAAGCAGGGUCCAUGAAUGAAAAAGUGACCCCACUGAAGCUGGUGGAGACAUGGAUGGGGAGGGGCCCAGCCAAGCUCAGGAAGAUGAUCCAGACCACGGCUCUGUCUCGGCUGCAGGCUGAAGCUGUGAUUAUUUCUUUGCUUCUUCAGGGAUAUCUCAGAGAGGAUUACAGCUUCACCCCAUACACCACCUACUUCUAUAUGAAACUCGGCCGCAAAGCUCCUCUGCUCAAGAAAGAGACUCACACAAUCAACAUGAACAUGUGGCCAGCUGGAGAUGGACCUUCUCUGGUCAAACCUGCAACUGAUAAGGAAAAAUCCAAGGAGGAAAAGAGAUCAAUUCAAAGCUCUGGGGACUCUCAUGUGUCCAAGAAAGUCAAGACAAGACUUUCCUAGUCCCCUCAACCUCUACAAAGCCAGAAGACAAGUCAAUAAAGACAAAUCAGCUACUGAAGAGGUCUGUAUGAGCCCUGAUCCCCCUUCCAUGAAGAACAGAUGUCCCCCACACAAAAGAAACAAAAAAGAAAACAGAAGCUGCGGAAACGAGCUAAAACAAUCCAGACAGGGAGCACAAAAGGACCCUGCUCACAGAAGGAGAGGAAUAAGGAUAGGAUAAUGUGAAAAAAAAAUCAGAGCAGCAAAUCAGAAUUUUCAAAGAUACAGCCCUGUCCUCACUGUGUCCAGCUCCCCCUCCCAGGUUUCACUAAAGUGAAAUCAGAAAAGAAUUUCACUUUAGUUUCUCGCUUAAAGAGUAAAUCAUUUCUGUCAUACGAACAAACUCCUUCACCUUUUCGCCUAAGAAUAGAAAAACAUUUAAUUUAGUUUAUCGACCAUAUUCUGAUACAGUGGUCCUCGUGAUGACCAUGAAGACUACAGCUUCUGUAACUUUAGGCUUAUUGUUUCUUUAGUUUACAAAUCGGUUUGUACCCUAUCAUCCUGUCACAUUUCACUGACGUUUUUUUAAAAUAAAAUUUUCAUUGAUGUAAUAAAAGAUUUA